GGGGCCGGGCCUGAGGCCGCGGUGAGGGCGGCGAUGGACGGGUCGCUGUCGCUGUCCCUGGAUGCGGCCGCGCUGGAGGUGCUGGAGGCGCUGGAGCUGCUGCAGCAGCGGCGGGAGCAGCUGGAGCAGCACCUGCGACAGGGCUGGCUGUCCCUGGCUCAGGCCCGUUACUCCCUGGGCUGUCACCGCGUCUCGUCCCUGCAGUACGGGGCCACCAUGGUGCCCCGGGUCCGUGUGUGCCACAGGCAGGACCCAGAGGGACGCCCCCACUUUGAGGAGGUGCCUGGAACAGGGGGGGACCCCGAGGACCCCGACCCCCAGCAGGGGGGGGGUGACGGGCUGCGGCAGCGCCGGGGGGCCCCGGAAAAAGGGGGGGUCCCCAGCCGGCCCCCCCAGGACCCCCUGGGCUGGUUUGGGGUCCUGGUGCCCCCCAGUCUGCGGCAGGCCCAGGGCAGCUUCCAGAGGGGGGUGACGCUGGCAGUGGAGGUGGCCGAGCUCCAGGCCGGGCUGGAGGCCGCAGCAGCGCGGUACCGGCAGCUCCUGCGGCACAAACGUCACCUGGCUGGGGACAGCGGGGACAGCCAGACCCCCACGGACACCCCUGGGGACACCGACGGGGACACGGCGUGACACCGAGAACACCUGGACUCGUCUGCAGGUGACACAGCUGCCACCAGGGACAGGGGGACAGCAGCACCCACCUGUGGGUGACACCGAGGACGCUGCAGGUGACACCGAGCCCCGCACCUGACUGAGGGGAGGGGGUCCCCUCGUGUCCCCACCCCCAAUAAAGCCACCGUGGUGUCCCCGA